AUGGAGUAUGAAGUAGGUGAUAAGAUUUUUUUGAAGAUAUCACCUUGGAGGGGAAUCCUGAGGUUUGGCAGGCAAGGGAAGCUGAGUCCGAGAUAUAUCGAACCGUAUGAAAUUAUUGAAAGAAUUGGACAACUGGCGUAUCGACUAGCAUUACCGGCAGAGUUGUCACAAAUACAUGAUGUUUUCCAUGUUUUGAUGCUGCGACGAUAUCGAUCUGAUCCUAGUCACAUUAUUCGUCAGCCGGAAAUAGAGAUUUCUGAGGAGUUGACAUAUGUUGAGGAACCAACAGAGAUUUUGGAUAGAAGCGUAAGAAAAUUGAAAAAUAAGGACAUAUCGAUGGUAAAAGUGAGAUGGAGUCAUCAUUCCCCGAUAGAGGCGACUUGGGAGGUUGAGGAGCAUAUGAAAAAGAAGUAUCCCGAUCUAUUCCAUUGA